UGUAGAAGUCAAAAAUAGCAAGGCUGAUGAGAUAAUGAGUCUUAAACCUCUAAACACUCAGAGCUGACCAGAUGUUUUAAUCUAAAUUCGGCCGAGAUGUCCCCUUGAUCUUAGCUAGCGUAAUUUCCUCACCCCUGGCGAAGGCUGCAGCUUGCAGGUGACACCACAAUCUUUGAUACAACUUGGGACUGCCUUAACACAACAACGCCAUAGCUGCAACGCUCGCCGCGACAAGCCUCCUCCGUCCGGUCUGGCUGACCAAAUGCCAGUAGAAGGAGUAUGAGACAUGAGUACUCUCCAGUCGAGCCAACCGAUGAAUUCGGCUCAGACAUUGCUGAUGAUGAUGAUGAAUUCCGGAACUCCUCGUCGCUCAGAUCAGUUGUUACUAAACAUGGCCUGCGAGGGGGCUAUAGAGGCGGCUCACUAGGAUUAGAAGUCUCUCGCAUGGCUCUCGCAACGAUAGCUUUCGUGAGCACAAAGUAUAUUCUGAUUGAUCUUUACUUCCAUUAUCCUCUCCAUCUGCUGUUUGCCCAACUCAUUUCAUUGUUGCUACUAUCUGCCACGCUUGAUCUGGCAGCCUCACAGACUACUUCAGAUAAGCUGGCAUGGCUGGCUCAGAGUAUAUCGGCCUCCCAAAUGGUCUUAGAACCAUCCAAGGCCUCAGUCGUCGCGUGUGUUGCGCUCGCGCUGUCGCUGCCUUUUCUUGCUCAGGCUAUUCUUCACUUUCCGAACCUACCAACUGUUAGCAUGCUCAUAAUAUUUGAAUUCACACUGGAGUUCGCUUGCGGGCAAGCGAUAUCUGAUCCUGCAUGCCGUUUGGGGCUUAAACGCGUCAUGAUACCCUUGCUUUUGCUGUUAAUUGGAUGCUCAUGGCUUUUACUGGACGAAUACCGUAUGGAAUCUAAUGGUCUUCUCUUUGCGCUCCCUGCAUGGGGUCUCUUUGGCCUAUAUAGGGCAAUAAUCGAAACGUACACUUUAGUCAAGAUAUCGCCGCAGUCGCAGCGUUUCAUCAAUCAUACCUUGCGGACGACAAUACUUAUGUCUUUGGGAAUGACCACGCUUUUGCUUCUCAUGUUGGAACGCCCUCUGCAAGUCUUCUCCGACCUGAACCUUGUCCAUCCAAUAACGCUCGCGAUCAAUCUCGGAUCUACGGCAUCAUCACUACUUCUAUUCUUCAGCAAUGUGGACGGCUUUAAUCAAGAAAAGGUCGCUAGUGGCAUUCCAUCUGCCACUUGGACUCUUCGCGGUCUCUGCUGGGCAGGUACUUGUGCAGUUGCAAGUACUUUGCUAACACGCCCUGCGAUGUCUACCAAGCUACAGGUUGCAAGUCUUCUCGCGCCGUCACUAUCAGUUGUUGUCUCGCAAUUGCUAUGGGGGAGAGAGGUUUCUGAACAGCGGAGGGGCCAACGACUACGGCAAAGAGGACGAGAUAGCCGACAGAGUGGAGAUAGGGAUAUAGGCCUGGUUGAUAUACCUCAGAUAGAAAGAUCUCCUUCUAGAGACAAGCGCGACCCACCUUCGACGUCGCCAUCGAAGCAACAGACGUCACUACAACAGGUUUCUGCGCUCACUAGCGCCAUGGGCAGAGAUUGCAUGGCACUACUUGCACUAUCUCUAUGUAUUUGGACUUUGUUUGCAGUGUUCGUAUCGCCUCGAGCGAAGACCAUCUCUGAAGACCAGAAGCUCUUCGUGGCACAUCUCGAUCGGGCAUAUAUCCCCAAAUUCGACUUCGAUAUAGUCGUGAGCGCUUAUGACGAACCUGCUGCUUUCGCGAAAGACAUAGCAACGCGGAUCAGCAGUCUGUCAAGUUUCGCCGACCAGAAGAUAAGAUUGUGGGUAUAUACGAAAGACGACAAAGCGAAUGUUGAAGAGUUGACUGAAAGGACUGGUGCUUCUCACGUUGUGAAACGUCCCAACAUUGGUAGAGAAGGAGAAACAUACCUGUAUCAUAUUGACAGAGAGUGGGAUAAUCUUGCACGCCAUACUCUGUUCGUGCAAGCACACGUUCACAACGCUUGGGAGUUUUACCGGCGGAUCGAUCAGUACUACAACCAGACCACAGGCAUGUUAAGUCUUGGCUUUGUGGGACAUAUAUGCGAAUGCUAUAAUUGCCACGACCGCUGGGGCUUUGAUGAUGAUACAGGCACCAUCUUGCCUGAUAUCCACGAAGAAGUCAUGAAAGAGACUUGCCGGACUCCUUUGCUGUCCUACAAGGGGCAGUUUAUCGCUUCUGCACGACGGCUACGGGGUACCGACCGGAAAACCUUUCAGAAGCUGCAUAAACUGAUUGCCGAUCCUGAAAGUGAGGUACAUAAACCUGGGUAUCUAAAAGGGCGACCGGACUCGAUGAACGCGCCAUUUUUCGGCUACACGCUAGAACGGUUGUGGUCAAUACUGUUGCAAUGCUCGGAAUACAGGAUUGCUCUGCGAUGCCCAUCGACACUCAGCGGUACAAGGAGAGGAGGGAGUUUGGCCGACUGUCAAUGUUUGGACGAUAGUGUGUAAAGUGAUUUCUGAUUUACAUGACGUGCGAUGUGAAGGC